UUGAGUCACGCCUUUAUCGGUCAACACCUUCUGACGCUUGCUGCUGCUCUGCUACGUCCGGCGCGGUCGGAAGCGCUGCGCUCCGCGGCGGGCGGCGCUCGGCGCAUCGCCAGUGCCAGCGGUGGCCGCUCCGCGCGUGAUUUUCCGAAGCCGCUCAGGUAAGCCGGCCAGCGGCCAGUGGCGAUUGAGUAGCGCGCAGCGUGACGUAACCUGGCGAGCGCUGGCGGCGGCGAGUGCUCGAGCGCGCCGCUCGGCCCGAGCUCGAGCGCGGGCAGCGCGGCGACGAGCAGGAGCGAGCCGCAGUGGUUACAUGUUCGAGGCGAGGCGCGCUGCGAACGGGGCCGCAUGAAUAUACAUAACAGCUUCGUGGACACGAGCCAGAGUCUACGACUCGAUCGCUACUUGAUUCGCUGCUAAGUGCGCCGCGCGACCGCCAGCGAGCGGGCCAGAAAAAACUCGGCUAGCUGCACACCUUGACGGCUCGCCUUGCUUACGUUACGUCAAGACCAAGACUGCCGCGUUGCUCGUCGACGUUGCGCGCGCGUCUCCGCGGUGCGUAUCGUCGGUGUUCGGUUUGCGCUCUCGGCUCGCUCGACCGGGGCCCGCACUCGCCUCGCCUCCUGCCCAGCGGCCAGCGGCGCGGCUACGCUUUCGAAUGCUGCCUCGUCUCGCGCCUUGUGGCUCCCGUCGGCAAGCUAGUCCGCGCGCGACCGUCGCGCCCCUCCCGUCGCGUGGUCGCGUCUCGAUUCUCGGCUACUUAUUCGUUGACCCGCUCGGCAGGAUACCCGCGAUGUCAUCCACGUCGUUGUACGGCUGUACCACAAGCCUCGAGUAAUGAGCCACUGCCAUGGUGCCACUGCCCAAUGCUCGUGGAAACUAUUUUUGGUAUAGCCUCCAUGCUACUCUUCGUACCACGUGUUGUCACCUCGCCCAACUUUGCACACUGCUGCCAUCUGUGAGAUAACGUUCACAAAACAUGGUCGAAACUGGCUUAGGUUGAAAUUUCCAUCAAGCAAGGCAAAGCAAACUGCAAAGCUACAUCCAUCAAUAAACAUCACCUAACCUAUCAACUCGCACGCGAUAGUUCCACAGCUUUCAUCAUUGACAAAUCUAAAAUGAAACUCAAUAAAGGCAAAGCUGUGGAGAAGAUGGCCAAGCAACAUGUUGCCAAGAAAAAGAAGAAGAAAAAUAUAGGGCAAGUUACCACGGACGACUUUUUCAAUCAGGACUUUGAAAACAUGGAUCUGAGCGACAGCGAGGACGACAAAAUGGAGCCAGUAGAACAAUUGGUACCGGCUAAAAAGAUUAAAAAGCACGAGAAAAAAUCAGCAGGAACCGACGCGGAGUACGAGACCGUUGAUGAAGACGAGAGGAAACCGGAGAAGAAGAAGAGAAGAACGAAGAAAAGACCUGCUGCAAAGACAACCGAUGAUUUGUCGGACAGCGCUGACAGUGAUUUGGAUCCAGCUGAGCACAGGAAAUCUCUUAUGAAAUUGAAGGACAUUGAUCCUGAAUUUUUUAAAUACCUGAAACAGAAUGAUACCAAGCUCUUGGACUUUAAUGUAUCUGACCAAGAGAAUGUAUUAUCUGAAGAUGAUGAUGAUGAUGAUGAUGAUCUGAGACACAUUCCCGAUGGAGAAUUGGAGGUUGGAAGCGAUGAGUCAGAUUACGAACCAGCUGAUGAUGAAUCAAUGGAAAUUUCCAGUGAUUCUACAAAAGUUACAUUGAAAUUACUUAAGGAUUGGCAGACAGAAAUACAAGUGGAUAAGUCUUCUAAAACUAUUAAAUACGUAGUCGAAGCUUUUCAUGCUGCACUGGAAAGUAUUAGUGAUGCUGAGCAUAAGACAACACAGUACAAAGUGGAAGGAGGAGCAAUUUUUAACGGUAUCAUUCAGUUAUGUAUUAUGCAGCUUCCAGAUGCUUUCAAAAAAUUUUUGAAAAUUGGAGACCAAACUAGUUUUGAAGCUCAUAAAGCUAAGAGAUUUCCAAAGGUUAAAGGUGUUCUCAAAUCUUAUUUAGCCAGUCUCAUCAAGGUUUUUGAGAGUGUCUCAUCUCCUGACAUCGUCUCAGUUUUACUAAAACAUUUGCACUCUAUGUUACCGUUUACUCAAUCUUUCUCAUCACUUCGUAAACCACUUUUACGAAUUUUACUCAAAUACUGGUCCUCUGCAGAUGAAGAAAUUGUACGUGUAGUAGCAUUUCUCUGUAUCGUAAAAAUUGCAACCACCUGCAAAUCUGCAGUUCUCAAUGGAUUACAAAAGACUAUGUAUAUCAAAUACGUAGAAAAUGCCAAAUUCGUUUCGCCAAAUACCCUACCAGGAAUAAAUUUUAUGCGUCGAUCUCUUGUCGAACUCUAUAUGCUCGAUACUGACUGCACUUAUCCCAACGCAUUUUUGUACAUUCGGCAACUUGCUAUCCAUCUGCGAAAUGCACUGACUUUGAAGAAAAAGGAACAUUUCCAAGCUGUGUAUAAUUGGCAGUACAUUAAUUCUUUGUGGUUUUGGGCGGACCUCAUACCCGUAUCAAAGAAACAUUCAAUGUUGAGGAAUUUGAUUUACCCGCUUGUUCAAAUAAUUAUUGGUGUAAUCAAAUUGAUUCCCACCAUUUAUUACUAUCCGUUGCGGUUCCAUUGUGUAAAAAUGCUCAUCAACAUAUCUCGACAAGCAAAUGUAUUCAUUCCAUCAUUACCAUUUUUGACAGAGAUACUGGUUCAAUACGAUUUUAACCGGAAACACAAAGCCGUGUCGAUGAAACCCAUUUCAUUGAUGUGCAUGCUCCGAGUAUCCAAGAGUCAAGCACAGGAAAAUGGCUACAAGGACGCGAUAAUCGAAAAUCUGUACGAAUUGAUAAUGGAAAGUGCCGCCAAAGACAGCCACACCAUUUACUUUGCAGACUUGUAUUUAGUCACGAUAACGAGGUUGAAGAACUUUUUGAAAAAGUGUCACGUAGUCAACUACACACGGAGAAUGAAGCAACUAUUGGACAGGAUCGAGGAAAACCGCAAGUUCAUCGAGAACGAGCGCGCGAAGCGUACUUUCAACCUGGCGGACCUUGCCGACGUGGAACUAUGGGAACAGAAGAUUAAGACCGGGGGCACGCCCAUCGGAAAGUUCUACGAGUCGUGGAUUAAGGUGCACGAGCAAACGAAGUUGAAAAUGCUGACACAGAAUGAAACUAUGGCGGCGGACUUUAAGGUACCGUCGAUCAAGAGGAAGGCCAAAAGAGUCGAACGGGACAGCGAUGAAGACAGCGAGUUAGAAAUUCCUGCUGAGGAAAUGGAGAGGCGACUGAAAAAGGAAGCUAAAAAGUCAAAGCGGAAAGCGAAGAAAGCUAAGAAGUCUAUGGACGACGAGGAGGAGCUGCCAUUGGAGAGUAGCGACUUGGUGCAAGACAUCAAGAGUAGUGACUGGGACUGAGGCGUUGUUCAGCACCUUCAUGUACAAAGUGUUUUUAUACUUGCGUAAACUUGCACCAUUUGACUUUCGUUUUUUUUUUCGCGCACAUUGUUUACUUUUGUUUUGUUUCUUUACCUCUUUUAUACUCGUAACUGUUGCAAUUCAUAUUCUAGCGUGUAAGGUUCAGAAAAGACCGUUGAAUAAAAGCCAUUAUUUUGA